CUCUCUCUCUCUCUCUCUCUCUCACACACACACACACACACACACACACACACACACACACACACACACACACACACACUUGACAUACAGCCAUUGUCCUCUCUCUACAUGGGAGCGUGCUCUGCAUAAUCUCCGGAAUCUAUUGCAAUUUCAUUGUGGUCAAACAAUUUCAUCAUCACGCCAAAAUUUGCACAGGAGGCUUGCAGGUCUGGAAGAUAGCGCUGGGCACUGGGGCUGAAGGCUGAAGAGGCUGGGCGGGCCAUGGGAGGGGAGACAAGAGGGCGUUUAUUCAUCAUCACAUGAGUGACGUUAAAUUGAAGCGUCAAUUUUUUCCCUUUUUUAUUGUGCUGCAGUUGAGCAGCUCGCGUAGAUCACAUUUUGAGCUGUGAGGUGGUGGUUGACUGGCGCGUGGAUACAAAAGUCUUCUCGCCAAGAUCAGCAAUGUUGCAGGUUAGGAGGAAAAUUGUCGGUUACGCCUACAUUUUAAAUAAGUUGGUGAUUUCGCGUGGCCAGGCGUUUGGAGCGGAAAUGGGAAGUGGCUGCGUGGCCCUGGCGAGACCAUUAAGAAUUAAUUGAUUGGUAGCCAGAGACUCUGAUUGGUAGCUAAAAAAGUGAGAUGCAAGACAGUGUACAGUAGGUAGAAAAGUGUAAGCACCUCACACCUUAUGUAGACACGUACUCCUAGAUACUGAGCGUAGCACCCUCUUUUCCUGAUCUUGGCAUGUGUACAACUGUUCUGCAUAUAAUACGGAAGACGCGAAUGCUUUGACACGCUCCCAACUCAACUUCCAGAAAGAUGAGUAUUGCUCUACAGGUGCUGCGCAGGUCGUAAGGGUGAUGUUUUUGCUCUUGUAAGUAUUAUCUAGACAAGUGGUGCAUGUUUAUUUGGGCAUCAAUCUUAGCUAACGCUUGAAUUUGCAAGUCUUGCGUUCAUCAAACGUCAUACCUUUGCAAAUCCUGGUGAAAACACAAAGUAUACGUAGGGAUGACCCUACAUUUUGGUAGGACAUAGGAUCAGUUAAUUUUACUGCUUAUUCAAAGUAACGUUUAUUUUAGAAUAAUUAAUUAAUACUAGACCAAGAGUACCAUGUGAGACAGUGACCACACCCACUAGCUAGACGUUAGACGUCAGAAUGGAGGUGAAGGACAAGCACGCCGCAGUGCAGCAAGAAGCAUGUCCGCUCGAUAGUCCGAUUUUUCGCGUCGCCGGUGAUCGCCUACGCGAUGUUCUGUACAACGGAUCGCAAUUUGUUUGUUGGGAAGACGAGGGAGCGAAAUUUGACAUUAAUUGCUACUUGGAUGGCGCACACCACCAGCUCGUGUGGAUAAACGUCCUUACCGGUGUCACCGGAUUCCUAGAAGUCGCAAGAAUUCAGCUUGUUUUGCACACGCGUCAAUCUCAUGGUGCUAAGGUGACAGACCUUGUUAACAUUUACCAUGGGAAUUGGCCAUGGAAAGUUCUCAGUCUUUCUUCUCCUAAUGCUGAUGUCGCUGAUUGCUGGGUUAAAGGUUUAAAUGUUGUGCUAAAGUCUGCUAAUCAGUACUUCAGAGGGAUGGAUGGCGGGAGUGAUGCAAGAGAAUUUUAUGAUAAUCCUCGGGUGGAUUAUUGGUUGAAGAAACAGUUUACACAGCUGUACAGGCAACAUGGAGGAAGGGUACCCAUAGCAGCUGCUAUUUCUGAGUUUACUGGCAUUGCAGCUGUAAGAGCAGAGCAGUUGCUGAAUGUCUUGAAAGAACUCGAUGAUCUCUUACUUCUGCGACUUGAAGUCAACAAACAGGAUAUGUGUUUUGACCCUUUUUGUAAGCUUCACCUAGCAAUGUGGCUAGCCAGAAGAACAGACAUUAUUGAGCAGUUUGAGAAGGUCGCACAUAGACACAGAGCGUUGUCUAGUCGACGUCUGUUGCAAGCACCACCUGACACUUUUGACUAUCAGCUACAGCAUAUGGUAAAGUUUGUCAAUAUGAAGUUGACAUUGAAUGCCGAGCGUUUCCGUGCUUUUUUGAAACAACAAGGCACAAGAGUAAACCUUCAAGAGGCCGAGUCAAUGAUUGAUCAAUUGAUGGAUGGAUUUCCAGCAGAUAUGCACAGUUUAAAUGUUCUUGGAUUUGCACGUUAUUUUAUUAGCCACAAGAACUACGCUUGUGAUUUGGAUUUUCCAAAACUAGCACCACUGGAUGACAUGGAGCAGCCAUUGUCUCAUUAUUACAUUGCAUCAUCACACAACACAUAUCUGACUGGAAAUCAAUUCACGAGCAAAUCCAGCACUGAUAUGUAUAUUCAGGUAUUACACUUAGGAUGUCGGUGUCUUGAGUUAGACUGUUGGGAUGGAAGUGAUGGUAAACCAGUCAUACGCCAUGGACACACUAUGACAUCAGAAAUUUUGUUUUAUGAUGCUGUAAAAGUCAUUGCAGAACACGCCUUUGUGACAUCUCAUUACCCUCUCAUUCUUUCCCUUGAAAACCACUGUGGUCAAAAGCAGCAGCAGUUAAUGGCAGAGAUUCUCAGGAAAUUCCUUGGCAAACAUCUACAGACAAGCUAUUUGGAAGGAGAUAAGUGUGGCAAAGAGUUGCCAUCUCCAGAGCAAUUGAAGUAUAAAGUUCUCAUCAAGCAAAAGAAAGGGUUAGGAAUGGCAAAAGUGGCAGGUGAACAACAACCUUCAAAUGCAGAAUUCUACUUGCCAUUUCCAGAGGAACCAUUUAAAGCCAGCAGGGGAGAGCGUUCAAAUCUUCAUUCAUCUAUCAAAUUUGAUAGCAGUGCUGAUGAAAGUGUUCCUGUCAGCAAGAAAGAAACUGACAGCAAUCAACAUCAGUCCGUCAGUGGGUCAUCUGGUGAAGAAACAGAUGAUGGUUUUGAAAGUGGCAUAUGUAGUCCAACAGAAGGUGGUAAGGCGUUCAGCAGGCACAAGAUACUUGAUUCUGAAAUAGAGGACUCUGAUCAUGAAGAUAUAGAGGACAUCCAGUCAAUCCUUGACAGUGUAAAACUUGAAAACCCUGAGAUGAAGAUGAGCAGUGACAAAUGCUUGCUGCUGCCACCUGCCAAUAGGGGUGAACAGUGUGACAUAGACUCUGAUCAUGUAAAGAGAUCCAAACGUGGUUCAUUUAUUCGAUUUGUGACAAAGCUAAAGAGGUUCAAGGGGAGUCGAUCAAGUCUUUGUGCGUCGUCAGAACAGCAAAUGUCACCUUUGAUACCACCAAAGAGGUGGACAAUAGCAUCUUCUGCAGUUGUUCCAGAGUUGUCACAAUUAGUGACCUAUGUGCAGCCUGUUCCUUACUUAGGACUAAAGGGUUAUGGCUACAUAGAUGAUCAAAAGCGUCCUUGUGUGGAAAUGUUCUCAUUGAAAGAGAGCACAGCUAGAAAGCUUUGUAAAGAAAAGCCAGCUGAAUAUACAACGUACAGUUGUCGGCACAGCAGCAGAGUGUAUCCAUCUUCAGUGCGUGUAGAUUCAAGCAAUUUCAACCCAUGUCAGUUUUGGCAAUGUGGUUGCCAGAUGGUUGCUCUCAACUAUCAGACCAACGAUGCCAAUUUGCAGCACUACUUGUCAAUGUUUCAGCAGAAUGGAGGAUGUGGUUAUCUUCUCAAACCCAAAUAUCUAAGGGAAAUGAUUUUUGACCCAGUUUUGGGUACACACAAUAGUGCUGUGGAACUAAGUGUUAAGGUUUGGUCAGCACAAAAUGUACCAUUAUGCUUCCAGUCAAUUUCUUUGUCUAUUGAGGUUUUUGGUCUGUUGUCCGAUAUGGCUCAAUAUCAGUCAUCUGCUAUUUCCAAUAAGACUGGAUUUCCAGCUAUGAAUGUUCGUUUCAGAACAUGUAUGGACUUUCCUGAGCUAACGUCAAUACGCUUUGCUCUUUUUGGAGGAAAUCUAGAUGAAAUUGGCUUUGUGCGACUGCCUGUGAAAUGUUUUCAUAGUGGUUAUAGGCACAUGUACUUGCAGUCAAGACAAGUAUCACUUUGUGGACCAUUGUCAUUGUUUGCAAGGAUCAAAGUAAAAGAGAUCAGCAGUUCUGACAAUGGUAGGAAACAAUCGGUGCAGUCAAUUGACUUUUCCCCUUUCUUCUUUCGUGUGUGGACCACAGUUGACAGGCAUCAGUUUGACACAGUUUGUAUCACAGAUACAGAGACAGUUCAAGAGAAAAUUCAAGGUUUUCUAAGGCAUGGAACUUUUCAGUCAACAGUUUUGUGCAUGACAGCGGAAGCUACAACGGAAGCUGUUAUUAGCUUGAUUUUAGAGGAAGCUAAUGGUGAUGGUGAGCUUUGUAAAUGUUUUGGCUUGCGGUUGGUGAAAGAUGGUGCUGAGGCGCAGUUGCUGAGACAAAAUGAAAAGGCACUACAAGUUCUUCAUAAAAAGGGCACAACUUGCUUACUUCUUCAGAAGACUCAAGAGUCACGUAUUUGUGUUCAUCUGGAUGAACACUGUGGGAGAGCACGACGUUCCACAGUUGUGGACUUGACUUCAUUGACUACAGCAAGAAACUUGGUUAAUUAUGUUGUGAGUUGUCAAGAACCAGGAGACAAUUUUGUUCUGGCCGUUUGUCAAUUGGAAAGUAAAACACGGGCACGUAAUGUUAUCAAGGAUUUAGAAGAUUCACAACCUCUGGAAGAAAUCCAAGCGCAAUUAAAGGACGGUUGUGAAUUGUAUGUCUACAAGAAGAUGACGUCUGAUGGUGGUUCACUUGGGUCGGGGACUAUCAGUACCAAGGAAAUUGGUCAGAUUGAAGUAAAGGUACAAGAACUUAAUAUGAAGACAGUGACUGUUGUGACUGAUUCUAACACAAAAGUGGGGGACAUCAUUAAGGAGGUAGUUAAGAAAGAGCACCUUCGGGAUCAGGAAGUUGGAGGGAGCAUCUUUAAGGAAUUUUCUCUUGUUCAACGGUUGAGCAGUGAUGAUAGAGAUGAGAUAGUUCUGCUGCCUGAUCAAGUGAUUGCACACACUACUAGUAGUAAGAAGUUAGGACAAAGGACUGAAUAUAUUCUCCAUGAUAAAAGAGAAAAAAUUCGAGCUCGUUCUCCCCUAAUUACCAGGUCUCAAGCCAAAAUGUAUAAGGAUGGUCGAGAAUCAAGAAAGAAGUAAGAAAGAAGAUGGAUGAUUCUUAAUACCCUUUACAUUCACUUAGUUUUUUUCAUUUUACGAGAGCUGAUGUUAUUGAGGCGCAACCGUCGAGUACUUAGAACAUUACAUGUACAAAAUCGCUACUAUUCACAGUUGCAAUAUGACUGAGCCACACUCAUAUCAGAGUGUGAAGAACUGGUUCUAAUUUUGAUGGUGGCAGUUUCAUGCUCUCGUGCAG